GUGGUGGCCAAGAGCCUCCUGGCGCAGAGGCACCAGGCAGGUGGCGCCUGUUGCAACGCAGAGGUCAUCCUAGCUCCAGACGCGGACACGUUUUCUUCCAAUGAUGUCUACAGAUGAGGAAACUGAGGUCUGGAAAUGUUAAGGAGGCCUGUUUACAGUCCGACAGCAGCAGGUAAUGGAGCCAGUGCUUUGAAAGCAGGUUGCAAAGAACCAGUGACAUUCCGGGAUGUGGCUGUGGACUUUACCCAGGAGGAAUGGGGGCAGCUUGACCCUACCCAGAGGAUCCUUUACCGUGAUGUGAUGCUGGAGACCUUUGGGCACCUGCUCUCCAUAGGUCCUGAGCUACCGAAGCCUGAUGUCAUCUCCCACCUGGAGCAAGGGACUGAGCCAUGGGUGACAGAGAGAGGAACCACCCAGGGCUGCUAUCCAGGCUGGGAGCCUCGAUCUGAAGGCCAAGCAUCAGACAGGGAACAGGGCCUUCCUGAAGAGGAGCCUUCCCCUGUCACAGGAAUGGAGGGAUUCCCGAGAGCUGCUCCUUGUCCCACCACGUUACGGAAAGGCUGGGAGUGUCAGAGCCAGGGCUCAGCACUCAAGGACCAGAAUAACUUGAAGACGUUAGAAUUUGGCCUCAAGGAAGCACCAGUUCAAGAUGAAGGCUACAAAACUCUCAGACUUGGGGAAAACUGUGCCCUGAGUUCAAACCCAAAUCCAUUCCCGGAGAUCUCUAGAGGAGAAUAUUUCUAUACUUAUGACUCACAGAUUACAGACUCAGAACAUGAUUCGAGCCUAGUCAGUCAGCAGACAGGCUCCUCAGAACAACAGCCCAGCGAAAACAGCGACUGUCACAAAGCUUCCGGUCAGGCCAUUCCGGUUAUGGAACUCACAAAAAGCCAGGUGCAGGACAAACCCUACAAAUGUACUGACUGUGGGAAGUCAUUUAACCAUAAUGCACACCUCACGGUGCACAAGAGGAUUCAUACGGGAGAAAGACCUUACAUGUGCAAAGAGUGUGGGAAAGCUUUCAGCCAGAACUCCUCCCUCGUUCAGCAUGAGCGAAUCCACACGGGAGACAAGCCCUACAAGUGCGCCGAAUGUGGGAAGUCUUUCUGCCAUAGCACACACCUUACCGUCCAUCGGAGGAUUCACACUGGGGAGAAGCCUUACGAGUGUCAGGACUGUGGGAGGGCCUUCAACCAGAACUCAUCCCUGGGUCGGCACAAGAGGACACACACCGGGGAGAAGCCAUACACCUGCAGUGUGUGUGGGAAAUCCUUCUCUCGGACCACUUGCCUUUUCCUGCACCUCAGAACUCACACCGAGGAGAGGCCCUAUGAGUGCAACCACUGUGGGAAGGGCUUCAGGCACAGCUCAUCCCUGGCCCAGCACCAGCGGAAGCAUGCUGGGGAGAAGCCCUUCGAGUGCCGCCAGAGGCUGACCUUUGAGCAGACGGCAGCUCUAACAAAGCAGGAGUGGGCAGAAGCUCUGGGCUGUGACCCACCUUUGAGGCAAGAUGACAGGACUCACCGGAGCGACAGACCCUUCAAGUGUAACCAGUGUGGGAAGUGUUUCAUUCAGAGCUCUCACCUCAUCCGGCACCAGAUAACUCACACCAGGGAGGAGCAGCCCCCUGGGCGAAACCGACGUCGGGAGCAGUCCUCCAGCAGGAACUCGCACCUGGUUCAGCACCAGCACUCAGACUCCAGAAAGACCUCUGCAGGUGGAGCAAAGGCAGGGCAGCCGGAAAGCAGAGCCCUGGCUUUGUUUGACAUCCAAAAAAUCAUGCAAGAGAAAAACCCUGUGCACGUUAUUGGGGUGGAAGAGCCUUCUGUAGGUGCUUCCCUGGUGUUUGACAUCAGAGAAUCCACAUAGGAGAGACAUUUUGCUGAUGACUUUUAGCCACAGGUACAAAAAUGUAGUAAGUCCACUAGUGUACUUAUGGAAAGAGAGGGGCUGGGGGUAGUCAUUGGUGACUUCUGACUUUCUAAGGAAAUGAUGCGUCCCAAGCACCUGCGAUUGGUUGGUCCCAAAUCUAUCAAACUCAGUGCCCUCUUUACCAACAUAUUUUGUGACAUAACGUCCAUUACACCACAGCGAGUUCACAGGUAAUAUAAUGUACCCACAUGUGUAAUGUCAAAAAAUCAAUAUGCGGCCCCAUUUUGUAAAGGACCAUUAAAAUGAAAGUAAUUUAUGGUAGAGUAAAUUGUAGAGUAAUGUGUACUGAGUUGGUGCAGUAUUUCUCCUUGUCACUGUGUGUGGGCCUAAUUUUGCUGGGAGACCUGGGACAAUAGCCUGUUGCUUGUGGACUGGUAGAGGGUAUGAUGUUGGCCAUCCAAAUACUGUGAGGGGCCUUCCUGUGUGGAACGUGACUUUCAGAUUAGUGACUAACUUGGAAAAGUUUUGAACAAAACAGUAUGCUAUUGCAUUCCUGGGAAAUUAUGGGUAAAUUUCAAGCAUGCAGCAAUUAGCUUGUGUUUACAUGUGAAGUCAAGUUAGGUUCUCAGUUCAUACACUGAAAACUGGUUAUUCCACAUCUGUUUAUAUGGUCCACAGGGGCCAGUUCUGUUCCUCACCAUCUUUGCAGCAGGCUCCUGCCCACCUUUCAGCCACAUCCCCAACCCAGUUAGGUGACAAGCCCCCAUGACAUUUCAUAGCAUUCCCUGUAGGGAGCGUUACACCUCCUCUUGGAAAACAUCUGGCAUUGCUAUGAGCCACAGGUUCCUUUUCUUUUUCUUUGAGAUGGAGUCUCGUUCUGUCACCUAGACAGGAAUGCAGUGGUGUUAUCUCAGCUCACCACAACCUCUGCCUCCCAGAUUAAAGUGAUUUUCCUGCCUCAGUCUCCCGAGUACCUGGGAUUAUAAGCACGUCACCAGGUCUGGCUGAUUUUUGUAUUUUUAGUAGAGAUGGGGGUUUCACCAUGUUUCCCAGGCAGGUCUCGAACUCCUGACCUCAUGAUCCGCCCAUCUUGGCCUCCCAAAAUGCUGGGGUUACAGGUGUGAGCCACCAUGCCCGGCCAAACCAGAGGUUCUUAGCCGGUGGUGUUUUGCCUCUGGUACAUUUGGUGACAUCUAAAGACAUUUUUGGUUGCUGUGACUGGUGCUUUUGACUCCAGGGUACAUUCUGUGACAUCUGAAGACAUUUUUGGUUGCUGUGCCCUGUCACGUAGUGGGUAGAGACUGGGAAUGCUGCUCAACAUCCUAUAGUGCCCAGGACUAUAGGAUUAUCUAGCUCCAUAUGUCAGUAGUGCCAAAAUGGAGAAUCGACCGGGGUAUAAAUUCAGCCCAGCAACGUAGCCGACAUUUUAAAAACCUAAAGCCGGGUGUAGUGGCUCACACCUGUAAUCCCAGCACUCUAGGAUGCUGAGGAGGGCGGAUCACUUGAGGUCAGGAGUUGGGAACUAGCCCGGCUCACAUGGUAAAACCCUGUAUCUAAAACUGGCCCCUAAAAAUACAAAAAUUGGCUGGGCGUGGUAGCUCACACUUGUAAUCCCAGCACUUUGGGAGGCUAAGAUGGGUGGAUCAUGUGGUCAAGACCAGCCUGGCCAAGAUGGUGAAACCCCUGUCCCUACUAAAAAUACAAAAAAUUAGCUGGAUGCUGUGGCAGGUGCCUGUAAUCCCAGCUACUUGGGAAGCUGAGGCACGAGAAUCACUUGAACUAGGAAACAGGGGUUUCAGCGAUCCAGGAUUACACCAUUGCACUCCAGCCUGAACGACAGAGCAAGACUGCAUCUCAGAAAACAAAAACAAAACCAGAAAAAAAAGCAGCCUUCAAAUUGAUUGAUCAGGCUGCGCUAGCAAUCAUAUAAGCUUGAUUUUAACAACUGGUGUCAUUAGCUAGUUUCUACAUACAUGAUGUACUUUUUAAUAUACCCUUCACUGUUCACAGUAUUCAUAGUUGGUAUGAAAUAAGGAAGAUUAUCCAUUUAUUUUAUUUUUUUGAAACAGGGUCUCCAUUGUGUUUUUUUUUUUGAGAUGAAGUGUUGCUCUGUCACCCAGGCUGGAGUGCAGUGGCGCAAUCUUGGCUCACUGCAACCUCCACCUCCCGGGUUUAGGGGAUUCUCCUGCCUCAGCCUCCCGGUGAGCUGGGACUACAGGCGCGCGCCACCACGCCUGGCUAAUUUUUGUAUUUUUAGUAGAGACGGGGUUUCACCAUGUUGAUCAGGCUGGUCUCGAACUCCUGACCUUGUGAUCUGCCCACCUUGGCCUGCCAAAGUGCUGGGAUUAGAGGCAUGAGCCACCAUGCCCGGCCACUUAUUUUUCUGAAUAAUCUUUAAGGGUUUAUUGUGGAGAUUUUCAAACAUGAGUAAUAUAUUAUUGCUGGUACUCCCACCUGCCUCCCCCGCCCUCCUGCCCUAGAUACAUAUAUAUAUAUAUAUAUAUAUAUAUAUAUAUAUAUAUAUAUAUAAAACUAUGUUGGCCCACUGAGACAAAACCAUUUGGCAUUUUUGCUGUGCACUGAUGGUGUGAAAUCAAUUGUGGGUAAAACUGCCGAGCCUGAGUUCAAAGCAGGGCAGUGGUUCUGAGGUUGUAAAACAUUCUUCCCCACUGGGCAUUACAGUAAAGCAAAAAAAGACAAAAAAGCUAAUUUCACUCUAAUUUCUUUCUUUUUCCUUUUGAGACUGAGUCUCACUCUGUUGCCCAGGCUGGAGUGAAGUGGCGCAAUCCUGGCUCACUGGAACCGCCACCUCCCAGGUUCAGUAGCUGGGAUUACAGGUGUGCGCUGCCAUGCCUGGCUAAUUUUUGUGUUUUUAGUAAGAGAUAGGGUUUCAUCCUGUUGGCCAGGCUGGUCUCAAAACUCAUGACCUGAAGUGAUCUGCCUGCCUUAGUCUCCCAAAAUGCUGGGAUUAUGGGCGUGAGCCACUGUGCCUGGCCUAAUUAGUUUUGUUGAAUCUCAAGUAGAACUAUAUUGUCAUUAUCACAUCUAAACAGAUACCAUUAAAUAUCUAGUGUUCAGGUGUUCUGGGUUGCCUCAUAAAUUUUGUUUUCUAUUUGUUUUGUGGUAAUCAUAAUCUAAACGAGAUCUACAAAGUGCAUUUGGUUGUAAUUUCUCUCUCUUUUUUUUUUAAUAGAGUUGUGAGUCUUGCUCUGUCACCUGGUUCCCUGAAACCUCCCAGGUUCAAGUAAUUCUCCUGCCUCAGUGCCCCAGUAGCUGGGACUACAGGUGUGCGCCACCACACUGAGCAAAUUUUUUAAUUGUGUGUAGAGAUAAGGUUUUACUGCAUUGCCUAGGCCAGUUUCAAACACCUGGACUUAAGUGAUCCUCCCGCCUUGGCCAUCCAAAGUGCUAGGAUUACCGGUGUGAGCCACUGCACCCUGCCAAACAGCAAUUGGAAUAACCAUGUUGGAAAGGUCAAGCAUUGGAACUCAUUAGCAUCAGAACUUCCUGUGUGCAGUUUUGCUCUUUGGAUGUUGGGAGUGUCACAAUCAGCUAUCCAAUCAGAGCAGAGCUGGCUUCCAGGAUGAUAGAGCCAGGCUUGUGGUUCAUCUCUAGAGGUUCCGCAAGACCCUGUCGAUGGCCAGGUUCGUUUCUCUGCACUUACUUCUUUGGGGUUGUCCUCAAGUCGUUUCCUGUGUCAGCUCUCACUUUUCACAGCAACUCUGGCCUCAUACUUCAGCCUGCGCCACCUUCUAUCUCCUUAGAUACCCUUCCAUUUGCAUAGCUAAAUGGUGCAUCCUCAGACCGUGCCACAGUCAUGGUUCUGAAAGUUAGUACCAUUUUACAGAUAGGCAAAAUUAGGCAGAGGACAAGCAGUAGUAGUCACGAGAGCAAAAGUAACCAGCCCAAGCUGGGAAGUGGUGGAGUUCAAAUUUGAUGUCAGCACCCAGCUGACCGUGGCUUAAAUUAGGCUCUGUUCAAAGGCUGUCUUUUCAAUGGGCCAGCUGCGUCAUAGGCAAUGUUUUCCGCAAUUCUCGUAACCUUUCCAGUGUGGUCCGGGGAGACUACUGUGGCUCCAGUCAUUGCAUCUACAAUGAAGACCAAAAGAAGGGGGAAGGGGCAGGCCAACACUUACCUCUGAUGAUGUUUCAAAGAAAAGGCAUUCCCAGAAGCCUCCAGCACAUGCCCACCAAAGUCUCAUUGGCCAAGGCUGGUCGGGGGGCCACCCUAACAACAAUGGGGCUUAGAAAGGUCGUAUUUACCUUUAUAACCUCUGUGGUGGAGAUAGGUAUGAGAGAACAGUCUUGGAAAGUGGAUGAUGAAGGCAACUAGCAUUAUCUGCUGCUUUUCUCCUUCAGGCUUUUGGGAGAAUUGCUUGUGCUGCCCAUUCCCUUGGUGACCGCUCACACCACAGACCCUCUGUCCGCCCUGACUGCUUCACAGAACCCACUGCAACCACUGUCCUGGGCACCACCACCAUGGUUGUGAAGCCUUCCGACCUCUUUGCAAACCUCUAUCCCCUUGCACUGUGGGGUUCCUUCCAACUCUUGAGAGACUUCUUGACCUCCCGUCACCCCUCCUAAAUGUUCGGGUCCCUGGGGUCUUGUCCCAGAGCCCACCUUAUACUCCACGCCCUCCCAAGGUGUCAUCCACAUCACUACCUUUGUGCUGCUCACUCCCAAAUCAGUCUGAUGCUUCUGAGAUUUGGGCUUUAGGCCCAAACAACUGCUGUGUGCUGCUGGGCAGUUCCCCAAACCCAGCCUACCCCAAACAAAACUCAUUUCCCACCCAGACCAGUCUCUGCUCCCCUGAUCCCUUUCCUAGGGACUGUUUCCACUCACCAUCCUAUCAUGGAAGCCAGAAAAUCAGUCUUCUUGACCUCUUCCCUUCCUCACUCUGUGGAGUUAGAAGUCCUGUUGAUUUUGCCAUGUAAACAUCUCGGAUCUGCUUAGUUCAUUUCAUCCCCACUGCCACCAACAGUGCAGGACGGCCCAAAGAGGAGAAGUAACGUGCUACCAAACAGCCCAGCCGGAUUGUGAACCAAACAGUCUGGGACCAAAACCCUACUCUUGAUCGUUCCUCCUUUCCGCUCCUCCAGCAGUUUGGGGCCCAGGCUUGGGAAUCCAGACAGGAAAGCUCCUCUCCUCUGAAGACGUGGGACCAACAGUAACAGCAUGGUUCUAGACAGCUCUGGAGUCAGGCCUGUGAUGACCUCAUUCCCUCCACCUUGACCCCCAGAACAGCCAGUCCUGAAGUGGUCAUGGUUGAUACUUCUCUGAGGGGACAUGGGAUUGGCUGACAUUAUAGCAGCCUCCCUGGGUGGUAAGCUGGGAUUAAGUAAUCAACUGGAGCUCAACAAGCCUUAAGUUGUCAAAGAGGGUAUGGGAGGGUUCUUAUACAUAUUCCGCGGAGGGCAGUUUAUCAGUCACUAAAUUACAAAUACAUAAACCCUUGGUCUCACCCAACCUGCUGGGAAUGAAUCCUAUAUAUAUAUUUGUAUGUGUGCAGGCUGCAUGGAUUUCAUUAUGCUAUUGAUUUUAAAAGUAAAAAUUUGGAAACAACCUCCAUGUCCACCAUGGGAAACUGGCUAGGUCAUUUAUGGUGGAAUGGUGAUCAUAACCUUAAAAAGGAAGACUCCUCAUAUACAGCUUGAAUAUAUCUUACCCGAAAUGCUUGGGACCAGAAGUGUUUCAGAUCUUUGCAUACUUUCUGUUUCUCAGUUCACAUUUUCUAAGCACGAUAUUCCUACUGAUUUCCUUGUAGAUAUUUUGAAACAGAUAGAAACUCCCUCAGACUAGGGAAAAGACAUGUUUUUUUGGUUCAUAAAAGUAAUGUGAGUUCUUUGUAGCAAAACUUCGAAAAUGCAUAAAAGUAAAAAAAAAGUAUGAAAACUUGUGUAAAAUUCCUCAUACUUUAGCCGUCCAUAGAUGGUCCUUACCAUUAGGAUUUUUUUUUUUUUUUUUUUUUUUUGAGACGGAGUUUUGCUCUUGUUACCCAGACUGGAGUGCAAUGGCACGAUCUCGGCCUCACCGCAACCUCCGCCUCCUGGGUUCAAGCAAUUCUCCUGCCUCAGCCUCCCGAGUAGCUGGGACUACAGGCACGCACCACCAUGCCCAGCUAAUUUUUUGUAUUUUUAGUAGAGAUGGGGUUUCACCAUGUUGACCAGGACGGUCUCGAUCUCUUGACCUCGUGAUCCACCCGCCUCAGCCUCCCAAAGUGCUGGGAUUAUAGGCGUGAGCCACCGCGCCCGGCACCAUUAGGAUUUUAUUAAUUUUCCUUGCAAUUUUUUCUUAAAAUGUGCACAUGUGUUUACACAUACAUGUAGUGUACACUAAAUUUUGCAUACAUACAGAGGAAUAUAUAUGUGUAUAGUUAUCUUGUGUUUAGAAAUUUGGAAUUCCUUCUAGUUCUCUUGUAACAUGUGCUUACUGUAUUUUGAGGAUUUGCUCUAUGAAUUUCAUGUAGCUUUUUAAAUUGACUUUCAGGAGGAUUGUAACAAUGUGCUCUCCACUCAGUAUUUUACCAGGCUUGAGUUUUCUCAAAGUGGGCAUUGGUGGGCAUUCUUAGACAUUUCCAGUGGGAAUGUGAAUUGAUAGGACUUCUAUGGAGGGCAGUGUAUCAGCCACUAUCUAAAUUACAAAUACAUAAACUAUUUGUCUAAGCAAACCUGCUGGGAACGAAUCGUACAGAUAUAUUUGUAUUUGUGCAGACUGUUUGUACAUGGUUUUCAUUAUGCUACUGAUUUUAAAAGUCAGAAUUUGGAAACAACCCUCCAUGUCCACCAUGGGAAGCUGGCUAAGUCAUUUACAGUGGAAUGGAGAUCAUAGCCUUAAAAAUGAAGACUCUUUAUAUACAGGUUAAGUAUCCCUUAUCCAAAAUGCUUGGGACCAGAAAUGUUUCAGAUUUUUGAAUUAGGGAUGCUCAAACUAUACUAAUGCAAGAAAAAGCUUGAAGAUAUUCAAAGGCAUCCAAGAUAGUUAAGUAGAAAAAAAGCAAGGUAUAAAACUGUGGAAUAUGUUUCCAUGUAUGUAAAGACGAAACAAGCGGGGCAUGCCCGAGGCGGGUGGAUCACCCAAGGUCAGCAGUUCAAGACCAGCCUGACCAACAUGAUGAAACCGCAUCUCUAAUAAAAAUAUAAAAGCCGGGUGUUGUGGCGCACACUUGUAAUCCUAGCUACUCAGUAGGCUGAGGCAUGAGAAUCGCUUGAACCCAGGAGGUGGAGGUUAUAGUGAGCCAAGAUUGUGCCAUUGCACUCCAGUGUGGGCAGCAAGAGCAAAACUCUGUCUUAAAAUAAAUAAAUAAACAUUUGCUUAUAUGUACACACAUCAUCUCUGAAAGGGUAAAAGUAGCAAGCAUACUGGUUGGCCAGGAGAAUUGGGAGGACAGUGAUGAAUAAUUUUCACUCUUUAUCUUUUUAUAUUUUUGGAAUUUUGAAAUAUGUAAAAUUACUACUAGUUCAAAAAAUAAAUAACAAAAAUCUGAACUCUU